UCCACACAAAGUGUUGGUGGUCCUCUUUUUCAGGUCACAGGUGAAAACGGAGCCCUGCACCCGGCCUAGCGGGUCAGAGGGAUACGGACAGCCUGCCCAGUGUCAAUCGUGCGAAGAUGGAUGACAGUGGCACUGCUGGUGGAGACCCAGCUCCACGGCUGAAUGGCAUGGCAACGGCCAAUAAAGGAGCCCGGGCUGCCGGUCCACCUGCAGCAAAGCAAGCACCCAGCAGGAGCCCUCGGGCUCUAGUGCAGGUCCCUGGCAGGAAGCAGCCGGGAGCCACUACAAGUUGUCCUCCUACAGUUCCUUGCAGCACCCCCAAAAUGCUCAGCAAUGGAGCAGCCAGGAAGCCCCCCGUGUUGCAGACGAAGCAGCCAGUGGCCAAGGCCAGUGCUGCCACCAACCUGUCUGCUAAGGGGGCAGUGAAAAAGGUCGUGGGGGACAGACCCAGCGGGUCAAAGACUUCAGAAAGGAUCGGCCAGGAGAAGGAGGUGCAGCAGAAAGUGGAAACGCAGGUGACGGCUUCAGCACCAAAGGCAACUUCCACGAAAGUCAAGAGACCCGAACAGACAAAGCCCCCCAGGUAUGGAACGGAGGAGUACAGGGAGCUAACUUGGUUGCCAGGGACCAAGAAUUCAACUGCAUCAGCCCUAAACAGACCACCAGCCAAUAGCACCGCAGCCAACGGCAAAGGUGUGGGGAAACCUAAGCAGGCAGUGCCAGCUGCUGGUCAAGCUGUAGUAGCGCAGCAGAAAAGCAAUCCGGCUACACAAAGAGAUGCUUCCAGAGCUGUCCCGACCUCAAAGGCCAAGCCUUCAAGAUCAAACCCUGCUGUGAAGAUGCCGCCUGCCCCCUCCAGGCACCCCAAACUCCCAAGCUCCAAAUCUCAGUCCGAGCAAAACCUCGGGCAAAGGAAUGUGGCCACCCCUGCAAAUGCCAGGCUUUCGUCGAAGAAGUUCUCAGAGUCCACUAAGCCCAGAACUCCUGCCAAGGCGGCUGGUGGGACUUCGCACCCGCCCACGCCACAAAGAGCUGCUGCCUCUGCUUCCAAGGCUUCUCCUGCAGUGGGCAGUCAUGGCAAGAAGCUCUCUAAAAAGGAUUCCCUUCUUAGCCAAGAGCAGGCCCCCUCUCAAAAGAAGGUCCAGAAGGCCAAGGAAGGGCAUGCCAUGGUGGGCACUGGUGAAGCAGAAAGCAUCUCCAUAGAGGAGGCAGGGCCCAUAGAACAAUUAGAACCUGCAACAGAGGUAGAGACUGCUUCCUUGCUAGACUCUCAAGAGGCAGCAUCUGACACCUGCUGUGUGGAAGCAGUGGCGACUGAGCAGUUGGAGCCAGGGGGCUUGGGAGGGGAAGACUGGGCAGGAUAUCCCAGCAUGAAAGUGCUCACUCCAGCCGCUCUUGAGGCACCCCUGUCCUCGCUUGAUCAACAAGAUGUGACGGUUGCUUCCUGUCCCACCGAGAUGCAUCCAGCAGUCCUUGUUACACCUUUGGCUUUGUCUAGUCCAGAUGAUGUGAAGGACUAUUCCUCUCCUACUGAGAUGCAUCUAGCAGUCCUUGCGGCGCCUCUGGCUUGGUCUAGCCCACAAGAUGCGGCAGUCUCUUCCUCUCCCACUGAGACGCAUCCAGUAGUCCUUGAGGCACCUCUGGUCUCUCAGCCUCCGCAAGAUGUGAAGAUCUCGUCUCUUCAUGACGAGAUACAUGAUUUGGCCGCCUCUGAGGUCCUGAACCUCCCUGGUGACGAAAUGCUGGGCUUCCAGGCAGCUUGCACUUACGAACCAUCCCCUCCUGUUGAUUCGGGGCUCGCUUCCCAAACUUCAACGAUGGAAUCUUCCCAGCCUAGGCAGGCAGGCACAGACUCUGAGUACUUGGAGGAGCAAGUCUUUCCGCGCCUUGAUGUUCCAGUGGCUGUUGAGCAGCCGCACUUACUGCUUGACGCGGAAGAGCCUUGUGAAGGCAUAAGCCACCUCUCAUCACCCGGCACCCAGGUGUCCACUGGGGAAGAUGUCCCCAUGCCAAUCUGUGUAGAAGGAUUUCAUUCUCCCGGGUCCUUGGUUCCAGAUUUCGGGUUGCUUGAAGAGACCCAAACUGCCAAACCUCUGGCACAGACAGCAGAGGCACCGGAGGUGUCUGUCCUCACAGCGGAGCAGCCCUCCUCAUUCAGCCAGGCAGGUCCUCCCCUGGAAACUAUGGCAGAGCUUUGGUCAGCUGAACAUGAUGAAGUGAUGGACGAGGUCCUAAGCCUGCCUCGUAGCCCAGAAGUGGAGCGGCAGAUGGACAGGGCCCCACUGGAGGCAGAGACUGAGAGGCUGAGGAGGAGCCCACUAGAGCUUGCAGCUGAAUGUAGCGAGGUAACACAGGAAGUGGUUACUUCUCCACAGCCUGAGAGGCUACACACAACUGCCAUUUAUACCGAAGAUGAACUCCUGGAGCCGCCGCAUGCAGCAGAACCUUCUGUAAUCGGUGAGUUUGUUCAGGACCAGGCCCCAGUCUCUCUCCAGACCCCUGAAAGCUUGCUUCCCACAGAAUUUGCUGCAGAGCCUUCUGUAGCCCACGGAGACACGUUCAGUUGUUUGGGUGGACAUCCUGCAAUUGGAGGCCCUGUGGAUGGUGGUGGUGGUGGUGAUGGUGAUGGUGAUGAUCCAACGUUCCUGGAAAUGCAUGUGGGUAACCUGAACCAAGAGGAGGCUCCUGCGGGGGAGGCUCCAGGCUUUCGGCCCCAUCUCUCAGGGGAGCUCUCUCCAAGCGGUGUGGCUCAGGUGUUGGUGCACAAACCCCAGACCCUGCCCUUGAAGAGCCUUGAGCUGCUUCAAGAGCCUCCCACCCAGCUCCCCGACUUGCUGCUGAGUAGCACAGUGCUGACCACGAGCCAGUCCCCGGAGAGGGGAGGCUCAUCUUCGAAGUCCAGCACUUUAAGCGGACCCGAUUUGGCAGGCAAGAGCAGCAGCGAGACCAGCACCCCCGAGGAACUGCUGGACUAUGACAGCAGCUCCGGGGUGGAGUCCAAGUCGGAGGAGAAACUGGAGCAGACCUGCCACCAGCUCCUGAGCCCCCUGGAGGACCUUCCCGGUGAGCUGGACCUGGGCAUCCACAUGGAGAAGGGAGACGACGAGGCAGAGACCCUGCCUGCUGACGAAGUCCUUGGCGACCCGCCCACUGAGCCCACCGUGUCCUCCGAGGAGGAAGCCGAGCUGGACACUGAUCUCCUGAAGGACCCAGGCUUUGCCAAAACAGCCGUGUGCCUGUCGACUUCUUUCCCGGGCAAGCCGUCCUUGCCCCACUCCGUGGAGGAGUCUGACGAGCUGGGCUCCGGCGACGCUGGCACCGAGACCCCGGCCUCCACCAACUCUGCCGCCUCUUGCGACGUCUUUGGCGCCUUCCACCUCCACUCCACCGACAGCUGUGGGAAGAGCCCCGGCCUCUCUUCCCUCGAGAGCGAAGAGGGCAGCAAGGACCAGCUCCCCAAAGAGACCGGCAGCAAGGCCCCCGUGGAUUGGGAGCAGCAUUCCUUGCAGGCCUCGCCAGCUCCCCAGAAGACAACUGGAGGGCAGGGUGAAGAGUCAUCCCAGCCUUUCACUGCCACUUAUAGCUUGGCUGCAGGUGACAAUGGGGCUGGCCUGCCCUUCCCCUGGGGACCAUGUCCGUCAGAGAUCCUCUCCACUAUCUAUGAAGUGGAAAGUGGCGCUGAGACUCCUGGCCCGGAUGAAGAGGACGGGAGCCGCCAUUUGCGCGCUGCGUCCCGAGACCAGGCUCUUCACCUAGGAAGCAUCCAGGCCACAAUGGUGCAGCAGCUGAUCAGCCGGACGCUGCUCUUCUCAGCAGAGGCCCCUUCUGGGGCAGCUGGUGGGAAGGGGGCACUGAGCAGCGAAGCAGAGAUUGGCAAGUGGACCGAACUGAUCUCUCCUCUGGAUGAAUCGCGGGCCAGCAUCACUUCUGUGACAAGCUUCUCCCCAGAGGACAUGUCAUCUCCGCAUGGGGACUGGACUGUGGUGGAGGUGGAGACCUUCCACUGAAUUUGUUUCCUUGGAAAUGGAAAGUUUCCCUUGGGGGGCAUUUUGACUUGUCCCCCAACACCCUUUCCCUUAGG